AUGAUGAUCUUAUCACGCAACUGUAGCAAAUCAUCGUUGACGAGAAGCAUUCACCGACUGUUAAUCACAAUUCUUUUCGCCUCCUUCCUCAUGCUGCUCAUCAAACUUAUGAACGUCAACGAACAAACACAUGACGUAUCGUUGUUAGCUUACAAGGAAAGUAGCAGUAUCGUCGAUGUUGGCAAUAACCACGAUAACAACAACAACAACAACCGCGAGAAAAGUGUUAAUAGGUUUGAAAAAUUGUGCCUCAUUAAAUUUCCUUCACCCGUUCAACAACAUGCUCACAAUUCCACGUGGAUAUCAAUCACCCUCCCCAAAUAUAGAAUUUAUUCAUUCAGCGCGUACUACCUGGCAGGCAAAAACAAUGGUGACGUCAUAAUGUAUGUUAUCAGCAACACGACUGCCCUCUUGGUUCCUUUUUGUCUGUUGUGGGAUGCAGAUGAGGAGCAUCACGUGGUCAGAGCAUUCGCUGAAAUGAAUAAGAACAGCUUUAACAAUCUUUUCAGGGAAUAUAGGAUCACCUGUCUAUCGAGCAGAAUCAGUCAACUCAAAGAACCGAGGUACGUAAGUUUAAUUGAAAAUAAAUGCAAACAACCAAACCAUGUCGUAGAUGUGGUUGCCAUUGACAAUCAACAGAAACAAAUUUCGACGCUAGAACCACACAAUCAGCAGCAACUUUGGUGGCACAAAUCUCCGAAGGUCAAUUUCAGUAUUUGUGUCUCUCCGUUGAAUCAGCACUACGAUAAAUAUGAACGUAUGCUUGAGUGGAUAGAACUCAACCGAAUGUUCGGUGUUGAGUAUUUCUUCUUCUACAACUUUUCAACCGGUUCCAAAGUUGAGAAAGUACUGAACUACUACGUGAAUGAGAACUUGGCUACCAUCAUUCAGUGGAAGCUGCCCGUCAAGGUCGACGAGAGGACGGGGGCCUCUGACGUUCACUACUACGGCCAACUGACUGCUCUGAACGAUUGUCUGAUGAGGAGUCGCCUCACUUCCCACUUUGUCGUGAACAUUGAUCUCGAUGAAUUUAUAGUACCAACAAAGGAUCGAACGUUCUAUCAAUUAUUCACCGAUGUUUUCAAGGACAAAAAUGUUAACAUAUCUAACGUACCACCUGUAAUAAUGAGCAUAAGAAACACAUUUUUCAGAGUUCAACAAUGCAACAACACCAAUAACUUGUUCACCAACUGCUCAACCAAGAGGGAAGAUUUAAUUUUCAGACACGGCAGUCGUUCAAAGUGGAUGGCCAGCUCAGAAGUCAUGGACUUAAUUGGAGUGCACGGUCCCCAACUUAAGAACAUUCGGCAGAACAGAGUCAUAAAACUAGAACCCGAUGUGGCUCUAGUCUUCCACUACCACGAACACGAAGAGUGGAUUCAUCCCAUGGUAGCCGAGCUAAGAAUGCAAACUUUUUCUAUUGAGCUGGCAAGCAGACUUCAAAAAAUGCUCACUCAAGUGACAUAA